AUGUCUGGUUUGAUAAAUAUUUGGGCAACUGAAUUUUCAAAGUUGUUGAAGAGGGAAUCAAUUUCAGCAAAAGGGUCAAAUCCAAAAAGUGAAUUAAUUGGUGAAAAGUUUGAGAUUAAAAAGUUGCCAAUUUUGCAGAAUUAUUACUCCUCUGAGGCUUCAAUUUCUAUGAUUGUUCAUUGUGAUCAGUUCCCACUAGCAUACAUAAUGGCUGAAACAAUUCUAUACAAGCUCGCUGCUGAAAUCUUGAAAAGUUUGGGUUCUCUUGCUGCUCAACAAGUAGGAUCCAUUUACGGAGUAGCCAAUGAGCUUCACAAGCUAUCUACUACAGUUUCUUCUAUCCAAGCCGUACUUAUUGAUGCAGAGAAGCAGCAGGGGAGUAGCCAUCAGGACUGGAUAAUGAGGCUUAAAAAAGUGUUCUUUGAGGCUGAUGAUCUCUUGGAUGACUUCGCCACUGAGGUUACACGUCGAAAAUUGGUGAAUAAGGCAGGCAUCUUCUUCUCAAAAUUAAACCCUGUGCUUUAUAAUCUCAAGAUAAGUCAUCGACUCAAGGCCAUUCGACAAAACCUAGAUCUAAUUGCAAAAGAUAAGGCCUCCUUAGAUCUAGUUGAAAUGAGGCAACCUUUGCUUCUGGAGCCUAAUUCAGUCCAAUUGAAUUUGGAUAGAGAGACUUAUUCGUUUGUGCCUGAUAGAGAAGUGAUUGGAAGGAAUGCUGAUAAAAAGGAAAUUGUGGAUUUUCUUUUGGAUUCUGAGGUUGAAGAGAAUGUUGUGGUUAUAUCAAUUGUUGGUCUUGGGGGACUAGGAAAGACCACUCUGGCACAAUGGGUGUAUAAUGAUGAAAUGGUUAAGGUGAAUUUCGAUAAAAGAUUGUGGGUUUGUGUUUCGGGUUUUGAAGUGAAAAUGAUUGCAGAAAAAAUCGUCGAAUCUGCAGGAGGGGAGAAGGCUAAUUACCUUCAACUAAAUACAGUGCAAAAUGAGCUUACGAAAAUGCUUGAUGGGAAGAAGUAUUUGCUAGUGCUCGAUGAUGUGUGGAACGAAAAUACCUUGAAAUGGUCGAAACUGAAGAAUAUGUUGAUUGGUGGAGCCAAGGGAAGUAAGAUUUUAAUGACUACUCGUUCAGAUGUGGUGGCGGAAGCUUCAGGAAGUGUUCACCAACAUAAAUUAGGGGACCUUUCAGAGGAAGAGGCAUGGACAUUGUUUGAGAAAAUGGCAUUUGAAUGUAACAAAGAGAGCAAAAAUUCGAAUUUGGUGGAAAUAGGAAAGGAAAUUGUGAGAAAGUGUGGAGGAGUUCCUCUUGCAAUAAAAUCAGUAGGAAGCCUACUACGCCUCAAAAGAACGGAGAAUGAGUGGAUAUAUUUCAAGAAUCAAGAUUUGUCAAGUAUCACAAGAGGGAGCAACGAUGUAAUGGCCAUUUUGAGAUUGAGCUAUAAUCACCUUCCUCAGCAUUUAAAGAUAUGCCUCGCAUAUUGUUCCCUCUUUCCAAAGGAUUUCAAAAUUCAGAGAUUUGAUUUGAUUGAUAUGUGGAUUGCUCAAGGCUUUAUUCAAUCAACUAUUAGCAACAGAGAUAAUGUGGAGGAUGUUGCAAAUUCAUAUUUCAUGGAUUUGUUAAGAAGGUCAUUCUUUCAAGAGAGUGAAGAACAUGAAUCGUUUCCGCUCUUUCAAGAAACUGAAGAACAUGAAUCCCAGCAUUUUUAUAAAAUGCACGAUCUUAUUCAUGAUCUCGCGAAAGAAGUUGCAGAUAGGGAAUUCUUCAGUAUCACUAAAACUGAAGAUACAGAAGUUGUACCAGAACAAACUCUCCAUGCGUCUUGUUUAUUCCAGAUCGAUGGUUCAUUGGUAUUUCCCAAUGACUUCUAUAGGAAGCAUAUCAAGUUGCGGACAUUUAUUUACUUCAAUUGUUGCCCAUACAGUGCCAUGAGCAAUUCAAUCUUGGAGAGAAUGAUUUACUUAAAUGAUUACCCACAGAGUGUCAUGAGCAAUUCAACCUUGGAGAGAAUGAUUUCAAGUUUUGAACGUUUGCGCAUUCUACAUUUAUGUGAGCUGCAGAUAGAACUUUUGCCUCAAUCUUUAGGUGGACUGAAGCAUCUAAGAUACCUUGCUAUUUCUUCUAUGAGCAUUGUUACUUUACCAAAUUCCAUCACAAAAUUGCAUAACUUACAAAUUUUAAAGUUGGUCAAUUGCAAUAAACUCACAAAGUUGCCAAGAGAUAUUUGGAGAUUGGUGAGCCUUCGACGUUUGGAAUGUAUAUUCUGCCGCUCAUUAACCCAUAUUCCACCAGGACUUUGGCAGUUGGCAAGUCUCAUGCAUUUGGAUUUUAAUUAUUGCUUUUACCUGGAAGAUAUGCCACCUGGAAUUGGCCAAUUGACGUCUCUACGGACAUUGACAGAUUUUAUCAUAGGCAAAGAAAGUUGCAUAUCUGGUCUGGCAAGUGACAGGUUGAAUGACCUAAAAGGCCUCGUUGAUCUCAGAAAUAGAUUAACCAUUAAGUUCAUGGGACGAGUCUGUGCAAUUGGAGAAAUAACACUGACAGAUGUAGUGAAAAAAAUGAAACAUCUUCGACAGCUGAAUGUAGAGUUCGAAUUUGGGAACUAUGAGAAUGAUGAUACUGGAGAUGAUCUGAUAAUGUUGGAGGCCCUGCAGCCGCACCAAAACAUUGGAAGCUUGCGAAUAGAAAAUUAUAGCGGGUCAAGGUUUCCAAGUUGGUUGAUGGUUGAGAAUCUUGGAUUUUUGCUACCCAAGCUUGUUUAUCUAGAUAUAGGAUAUUGCCUUAAAUGCCAAAAGCUUCCACCGCUAUGGAAAUUGCCUUCUCUCCAAAGGCUUGUACUACGGAAUCUCAACUUUGUAGAGAACAUCGAUGGACUUGAAGGUGAUGAUAAAUUCAUGCUACCAUCAGAUGAAUGCUACUUCUCUUCCCUAAAACAACUUGAAUUGCGGGCAAUAAAUGAGAAGAUAAUGAAGCAAAUUCUUUGCCCACCGCAUCACCAUUCUCCUCUUUGUGAUUUGAAUAAUUUGACUCUAGGUUAUGUUGAUGGCCUAGUAACUAUGCCAGAGGAUGUGUUAAAGAGUCUGGUGUCGCUCCAAUCCUUGUACAUUGAAAGUUGCAGAAACCUGACAAUUGCCCUCAGCUCGACUUGUCCAGCGAUGAGGCAAUGCAAUUUCAAGCCCCGGGGAACUUGUCAACUUUCACAGUUUUCGGGCUUGACAAGCUAA